UUAUCGUUAUGAUGGCCUAUACAAGGUCGAAAGAUGGUGGGAGGAAACGGGAUUAGCGGGCUAUAAGGUGUAUAAAUAUGCAUUCAAGAGGUUACCUGAUCAGCCACCAUUGGGUACUUGCGUUCGUUCAUUUUCCGAAUCCGAGGAAGAAGGUGAAAAUAGUGCAGAUGAGAAAACGGGUGAACUUUCGUGUUCUAAAGUUAUGAAAACGGAUGAGGAAGCGGGCGAACCUUCAUGUUCCAAGGUUACGAAAAUGGACGAGGAGGCGGGUGAACCUUCAUGUUCUAAGAUCAUGAAAAUGGGCGAAGAGAUUGUCGAUUAA